AUGCCAUCAGACAAAAUUGACAAAAAGCGCAAGCGCGCAUCCGAUCGCCAUGAGCGGCCGACCAAACAACCUGCUCUGCAGACGCUGCCGACACUCGCAGCUAGUGUUGUCGAGGACAAGAGCGAGCUGGCGCCGGUAAUUGCUACUACACCCGGCGUCCUCAACUCAAAAGGCCUCAGCUUCAACCCAUACAUCAAGACCCGCCAGGAUGGCGGGCGGAAUGCUACUCGAAACCCUGGCAUUGUUUCUACUGAGAUGCUGCUGCAGUCAUCUGAACACCAGAAGAUGGACUUUGUUGGUCGGGAGGGAACUGGUGAAGAUGCGGACUCCCAGUUGAAGCACUACGUCGCUGUCGUCGACCCGGAGCGCAAGACAUGGCAAAUUAUCGAAGCACGACGAGUCACUGUUCGCGGCGCUGUCCGGAGCAGGAAGCCUGAGGAGGAUGAGGAGGAGUCUGAUGAGGAGAUGAACACCAUGCGCGCCCAACGCACCAACCUUACCAACACCUUCGGUACCAAGCAAUCCCGCAAGGCGGUUCAGUCCAUGGCCGAGAAUGCCCAGCUCUCCAGCGCCCCUGCCGGCACUCUCAACGAGGCCGGCGCUGCCCUCAUUUCCUCACUCCCCGCAAAUGUGGCAUCCGGAUUGGCCAAAGCCACCAACGUUCAGGCCGAGGUGCAAGCAGCCAAGCCCUUGCCUACACCCGAUCUCAACGCCGCUCACCCCUCGGAUGUUUACUCGAUCGAGACCCUGGUUCCUGGUGGUCACUCUACUCUCCGUCAAUUGACCGGCAUCGACGAAUGGAAGGAGCAAGUCGAGGCUGGGCUCGGCGUUGUCACUGGUUCCCGAUAUGUCUCCAAUCGUGUCGUCGCCGUUGCACAGUCCGGAAACCCCACGCAAAUCCAAGUCCUCCGCUUCAUUCAGCUAUUGCUCGAGUUUACCCGUUCUCUCAAGGGCAUGGGCCGUGACAAGGGCGCUGGCCCGGGUAGCAAGAAGCUCCCUCCUCGCGACGAUCUCCGCAAGAUCCUCUCCAGCACAUCUGGCGCAUCCAAACCCGGCAAGGACGAGGAAGAUUCUAACAUAGCACUCCUGCCCGACUCCGUCGUUGAUGCCGUGCGCCGCCGCUUCGCUCCUCAGGGUGGUUUCCUCUCCAAACACGACCUAACCCUCCUCCACACCACCAUCUGCGCUCUCACCUUCCACAUCCCCCCGCAGCCCGCCAAGGACGGCGAUCUGCGUGAUGAUCUGCGUCUUGACUCGAACACUAUCCAGCAAUACUUCCGCGAGUUGGGUUGCCGGAUCGACAAGCCCCGUGAGUCGGAGUUCAGCAAGUGGAAUAUCAAGGGCGGAAAGGCUGAGGCUGCUGCGCGUCGUAUUGCUCGUCUACGCGUUCCUCUUGAGUUCCCUAAGGUUAGCCGUGGCGGUCGCAAGUAG